GUGAAGAUGCUUCGCCUAAGUGUUUUCCUUCUCUUUGUUACCUCCGCCUGUUGUAACGACUUAGAUUUUAAGGUGCCACUGGCUUUUGAAGCAUAUGACAGCGGUAUGGGCAAGGAGCAAAUGAACCGACUCGUACUGGCCCUUGUCAGGCGUGCCGCCAUGAGCCCGAAGGAUGUGCAGGCUAUCGACGAAUGUUACGAUGCAGGCAACAAGGACAUUAUCCAGAUGAAAAAGUGCUACAAUGAGAAGGUUGGAAUCUUAGUCAAUGGAGUCUGCGAUAAAGCCGGCAUCACCAAGUUUGUCCAUGAACGCUUGGGACAUGGACACGCGUUCGCAAUUCAAGUUGGAGAGGAAGUCGUCGGAUGCUUCUGCCUCGAAAAGGCUGAGGAGAUGUUCCAGUGUACAAGCAGCGCUGCCUUCAGGGUUCUGCACAAGGCGUGCGGGAUGAUUCCCAAACCAACCGAGGAACUCUAGAGCCAGACGCACUGAGUUUUGUCGGGAGGGAGCAAAUAAAGCACGACCACAGAGAGUCACGUGUCUUUUAGCUGUAUUAGAGGAUUGGUUGGUACACUAAAGCGGGUUGUAAAGCAUCAGCUGCUCUCGUUUGGUGAAUAAAUAAAUAAAGGCGUCCGAACA